AUGAAUCGAUUUUAUGUGCAUUAUUGCGGAGACGUCCGAUUGAGUGGCUUAAGACCAUGCACAUUCCAGGAACAAGAUACUUUACCGAACGAGGACCAAGAGUGUUACGAUGAGUAUGUAAAUGCUAUCCGUGGCCAAUUUGUUGAGCUGGAAUAUAAAGAUUCCCUGCUGGACAAGGAUACCAGUGGUUGGCACACAGAUCAUCAAAAAGACCACAAAUCGGAGCACAAAGAAUCAUCAUUGAAUAUUUCAUAUAUUUGCACGGGUGGAGAGGAAAUCUCUUAUACCCUCUUGUUUUUGAAUGGACAUGAACAAGAGUUUUUCUUGCUUGCGGCCUCACCAGGUGUAGAUAAAUUACAAAAAGUUUAUUUUACCAAUCUAUUUCUACAAAUGAGCCAAGCACAAUCUAACAGCACAGAUUCAACCGCGAAUUUGUUUCGAGGCAUACGAGAGAUGAAACAAAUUAUUUGUAAUAACAAGAACAGUGUCGUAUUCGAAAUGCUAGAUGGAGAAUUAUAUUUGUUUGAUGUGCCCAAGAUGAAACUGUUUCCUUUUGCAGUUCCUCACAAGAAAACCAUUAAACGUAUUGGAAGUGGUAUAAUGUCACCUUACAUAUUGGUCAAUACAAUGGAUACUGAUGAAAUAAUGGUUUUACGAACCGAAGAAGAGGAACAAGAUAGAAAGAUUAUAUUUUCUGAAAGGCCAGCAGAUAUCAAAUUCAUGAAGUGUUGUUUUGAACCCAUUUUUAUAUUUGUUUUGAAGAAUAAUUGGAUGUAUGCUUGGAAAGACGGUGCUCAUAAUAUGAGCUUUGAUUUUCCUGACAAAACCGUUUCUCGAUUAGCGACAGGAUUUGAAAGUGAAGGAAAUGUUAUAGGAAUAGAUACUGGAUAUGCACAUGUGGUUGUGUUGCUUGAUAAUGGUGCUGUUUAUACAAGAGGACUCAAUAACUUUGGGCAAUGCUUGGAUCAUAAUAUCCACGUGCUUGAGUUUAAAAAAUUUGUUCUAACUUGUCCUAUUGUUUCAGUUCAUUGUGGCUCAAUUUGUACAUGUGUAAUGACAAGAAACGAGAUUGCUUUCUUUGGAGAAGUGUCAGGUUCUUUUAAAAAACAAUCUGAUUUAGCAGAUGAAUACAAAUCAUUUACAAGCGUUUGCGUCCGUAAAAAACAAUUUUCAGAUGAGCAAGUGAGUUUGGGAACAUGGCAUGGAUUUAUUUAUCGAAAUAGUUUUCAAAUGAAACAAUUCAACACUCAUUUCAUACGAAAACUUGGAGAAAGAGUGAAUAAUGACAAAUUGAGUGAUGUAAUCAUUUUGACAGGAUACUCACCUGGUAAUUACGCAUCUCCGGGAGCAGUUCAAACACCUGGAAAUUAUGGAACCUAUUCUCAAUACUCUCCGGGUGCCAUGUCCCCAUCACCUCCAAUGACCACAUCUCCCGGAUUGAGUCCUGGAGGCGCUGCUAUGAGUCCUGUGGCUACUCCAAAUCCAUUCCAAGAAACCGAUUAUCAAGCAAGAACAGGCUCAUCGGCAGCUGUAACGACCACACAACCAACCGUACCAAGUGGAAGACGUGAGAAAAUUGUUGCUGUUACUUAUGUGUGCGGACACUGUGCCAAGUUGAAUACCAUCAAACAAGAUGAUGUGAUUCGUUGUAGAGAAUGUGGUUAUCGUAUUUUAUAUAAGCAGAGAACAACAAGAAAAAUUCAAUUUGAAGCUCGUUAA